AUGGCACGGCCAAUCAACAAGAGUCAAGCUGCCUUCCUCCUUCUAGACUACCAGAAUAUGGUCAUCAAAAGAGCGAACGCUUCGGAAUCUUUUGUCACAAAUGCAGCCAGGACGAUUGCGACUGGUCGCGAGAAUGGUCUUCCUGUUGUUCACUGUCGAAGCGCGUUCCAAGGCUCAGAGUUUGCAGACGUCCCUUCAACUAAUCUAAAGACUCGAGUAGGCCACUUCUUAGCUAGUCCUUCGACUUCCAUGCACACAGACUUGCAAGACAAAGGUAUCAAUACCUUGAUAAUCGGUGGUCUGGUUACUCAAGGCGCUGUGCUCACGACUGUUCGAGAAGCUGCGGAUUUGGAUUAUUGCAUAUAUGUCGUCGAGGAUAUGUGUCUGGACUUCGAUGCAGAAGUUCAUCGUGUUUUGAUGGAAAAAGUGUUUCCGAGGCAGGCAUAUGUGAUCAAGAGCGAGGAUCUCGAUGGCCUUCUCAAGUGA